UUCAGCUAUAUCAGUGUUAGCCGUUUGCAAGCUUGAGAACACGUCUAUUCAUCUUCUUGCAUAGUUCCUUGWAUUCACAUUCAACUCUCUGUAUCAAAAGUGCUAGAGACAGCGAAGGGCUUGCCUCUUGUCACAGUUAACAGAAUUUCAACAAAUAAUCCCAAGUGGAGCUAAAAGUUAUCGUAAUGGCUGAACCGGACGACCAGCACAUUAAAAGACCCAUGAAUGCUUUCAUGGUGUGGUCUAGAACAGAAAGACGUAAGCUUGCUCUCAAGUACCCCAACAUGCUAAAUUGUGAGAUAAGUAAACUCCUUGGCGCCGAGUGGAGUCGUCUSAGUGAGGAAGARAAGAGGCCCUAUGUGAUGGAGGCUAAGCAUCUACGGUCUGUGCACAACCAAAAGUACCCAGACUACUCGUACAAACCAAGGAGAAGAAAAACAAAGUCUUCAAGAGCCAAAGAGCCUUACUCAACGUUUGGGUAUGGAACCACAGAGGCAAUAACACCAGGYUAUUCCAUACCGAUGCAUCACUACCUUAGCCCUCAUAUACCACCGCCUUACACUGAUACUUUCAUCAUGCCGAUCGGUUCACCUCCAGUGUCUACAGCAUCAAUGAGUAAGAGAUCUACAUACCUACCUGGAAGCUUCUCCUUACCAUCACAGAGUCUCCCUGACUACCAUAGGUCACUGGCYCUCAUGCCACCUAGCCCUAGCUACCAGCAAAGUAGCGUCGUGGAAAGAAAUGUUGAGAAACCGCCAAUGUAUUCUCUUCCMAACCCUUAUUGCAAGUCAGCACUGUACGCGAGCCAGUACCCAGGAAGCACUCGAUGAACAACCAUUGGAUUAUGAAGAAUAAAGGUUCUUUUCUAGACAUUCUUUGAAGAUAUCAACGAUAGAAUUAAGGCACCUCAAUUAGAGGGAAUUGAAUCAAUUGUAGUGGAUAUCUUGAUACACAAUUUAUCUUUUCUUUCUAUAAUGGACAUGUAUUCACUAGCACAGAUGUAACAGUACUUAUACGUAAUAGGGUAAGCACGAAAUGUUGUAAAUACACCGUCAAACCUAGGAAYCUAACGCCAAGGUUAUCGCACAAGUUGAUUCGUUCACUCUACAAAAAAAGCCGUUAGUCUAACUAAAAAUUGUCAUUCGAACAAUGUAACAACCUGAAGGCCAAUAAAUACAAUUGUAACUUUG